AUGGAUGGCUACCUAUACAUUGUUUUCCACAAUUCGCUCCCGUCGCUCGGUAUAAAUCAUUGGGGCAUCCCGCUUGACCAGAUGCUUCGGACAGUGAUUGGUCGAAUUUCUAUCAAAUACCUUCUUGAGCGGAUGGCACUUGACAUUGGUACCAAAACGCUCGGCACACUGCUGAAACUCCAAAUCCUGCUUGCAGCCGCAAGUGUAUCUCAAAUACUUGAUCUGGCACAUCUGGAUCUAAUGGUGUAA